UAAACCCAUUGUCUUCUUAACGAUGCAAUUCAUUCGUUUGUAAAUGAAGACCCAUAAAAUUUUAAUACAAAUGUUGUCGUUUAUCUCUACGGAACAUUUACUCAAAAUAUUGAUUUUUUUAAAUAUGAAGAACAAUUCUUUAAUUAAAACUGAAUACGCUGUGAAGUUUUUCAUCCACAAAUAUUGUACUUAAAAAAUCAUGGAUGUGACUUUUCGAUUCAGUAUAUCCUUUAUUUUUGUUUAUUGUUUUAUGUCAGCUUUGCUUUUUACGCGAGUAACUUCUCAAGAUGGAAAAGGUUCUACAACAAGUACACAUGUCACAUCAAUAAAACCUACUAAAACUGUUACAACUGCUAAAUCUACUACACAUGUAACAAUUACACCUACAAAAGUAGACACAACUGUUAAACCAACUCAACUUCAACCAUCUUUCAAACCGACUAAAACUGAAGAAACUGUUACGGCUACCAAAACAAUUGCAGCUGCUACAAGUAAAGAACACGCAGUUACUAAACCUUCUACAACCGACGCAGCUGUUAAAGCAACUGCCGAAACGAGUUCUAAAACUAAAACAACUGGCACAUCUGUCAACGUUGGACCAGCUACAAAACCAAAACCUGAAACUGACUCAACGAAACCUUCAAAACCUGGCGAUGUAGUGAAAGUUAGGAUUGCUGAUGCAGCUGUUAUACCUCCUGCCAAAGUUACUGUCAAUUCAGCUAUACCAAUUCAAGAGGCUCCUUAUCAAGUUUCGAUCUUGAUAUCUCGCAAAUAUGCGUGUAGUGGUGUAAUCAUCAACGAGUUGUUUAUUUUAACAGCUGCAGAAUGUGUUGACGGAGUUCCGGAAGCAGAUGUGACGGUCAGAAUUGGCUCCAAAUACGUUGAUCGAGACGGUGAAAUAAUUCAAGUAACUAAAAUCACCAAACAUCCAAUGUAUACAGCAGCGUCUCCUGAUAAUAACAUUGCAGUCCUAGAAUUACUUAAUCGAAUCGAAUUUAAAGAUUAUGUGGCAGUUGUUGGUUUUUCCAGCACUGAAUGGCCCAUGGGAACCGAAGGACUUGCAACUGGGUGGAAACCCAUCGAUGGUGAAACGCCCGUUCCCGUUUUGAAAAGAACCACCAUGAAAAUAGUACCACAUAAGGCAUGUGAGCCGAAAAAAUACAAUCAGAAAAAUAUGAUUUGUGUUGGGAGUUUGCAGCCAAUGUUGGAGACGUGUUUAUGGCGUUCGGGGAGUCCUUUGGUGGUGCAUAAUAUUGUUGUUGGUAUUUUUAAUUUUAAACUUGGCUGUGAGCCUGGUAAUAGUAGGGUUUAUACCAGUGUUCCUGCUUUUCGGAAAUUUAUCCGAGGAGUGGUACUUGAAUAAAUACGAAUAAAAUUUUAUCCUAAA